AUGCUAGAGUGUUUACGAGCUUUGGUGCAACGAUGGAGUUGGACUAAUAGGAACAUAGCAAAUGCAACCUCCACAAAGUUGACAGACAAGCAUGAAGUGAUCCUGAAUGACAACUACAUUUACUCAUUGAAGUUAACGGUGCACCCAACAAAUCAUAUUGUGUAUGAAGUUCAUGAUGAUGGCAAGAAAUCAAUAGUUGAUCUCAAUUCAAGAACAUGCACAUGCAACAGGUUGCUUUACAAGUUGCUUGAAGGAUUUCAAAUGGAUCAACUUCCUUGUGCCCAUGCAAUUGCUGUUUUUAAAGAAAUGAAUCAAGAUCCUUAUCAAUAUUGUUCGCUAUAUUACACCAAGGAAGCCAUGGUUGCAACUUACAAAGAAAGUAUAUACCCACUUGGCAAUGAAGACACUUGGCAAAUACCUGAACAUAUCAAAGCUGUGAAAAUACACCCUCCAGAAGGAAAAAUAAGAUCAUAUAGAAUUGCUCACAAGGAGGCAUUAUAUGUUAAUUUUGGAGAUUAUGAGUUUCUUUAG